CCCAGAUUCGUGAUGUCAGUAUGAACAGAUCAUGGGAUGAGAGCCAGGAGGUGCUGCGAGCCUUCUCGAACGACAACACUACUUUGCAUCUCAACAUGAAAUGGAUCCCCGAUUCCAGAAACACCGUAACGUUGGGGAAGCGACGGCGUGCCCCAGGACAACCGGCAAAAGCAAUCGUGGUGGCUCAUACAUGUGGAUGUUCCCGCAAGCGUCGGCUCCGCACAUCCCAUUCUCUUUCCGAUAAAUGUGGGUCCGUGCAUGUUCCCGAAGACAACCACCUACCUGGGGGACAUCAUGUAAGAAAUUGUAAGGGUAGAUUCGAGUUCGGAAUUCCCCUCAUACGUCCAAAGGAUUUCAUGUACGAAAGCCUUUUUUUUCAUCAGCUGAAGGAUUCGAUGAGUGGGCCAGGUUGCUUUUAUUGUCUUCGGAGCGAUCGUAGCAAUUGA